UGCGGAACUGGUCCUUUUUUAUUUUCUUUCGUCCUGCUCUCUGCUCCCUUCCGUUCUCAAAGCUAGCGCCUCCAGGGAGGGGGAUUGGAGAUCGGUACUUCGGCCCGGGGACCCGAACCGCUCAGGCGUGAGGCCGUUAGGCUUCCCGCAGCCACCCGCGGACCCUCCUCCUCCCUCGGCCGGCUUCCCGUCUGGUCAUGGCGAGAUUCUGGGUCUGCGCGACCGGUGCCGUCUUCUUUCUUGCAUUUCUGGUUUUGCAUUUGCGUUUUUGUGGCACUCCAGUUUUAAGGAAAUUUGCUUCUCAAAUUUCAUGGAGAACUGAAAAACUUUUUUACCGGCUGGAUGUGGGUUGGCCUAAGUAUUCAGAAUAUUUUACCGGAGCAACAUUUGGUGUUGCAGUUGAUUCACUCAAUGGAUUGGUUUACAUAGUCCAAAGAGGGGAUAACAUCCCAAAGGUAUUAGUGUUCACAGAGGAUGGAUAUUUUCUACGAGCCUGGAAUUAUACAGUUGAUACACCUCAUGGUAUAUUUGCAGCCAGUACACUACAUGAGCAAUCCGUCUGGAUCACGGAUGUAGGAAGUGGAUCCUUCGGUCAUACUGUUAAAAAAUACAAUUCCUUUGGUGAUCUUGUUCAAGUCUUGGGUACCCCAGGCAAAAAAGGCAUUGGUUUGAAUCCCCUGCAGUUUGAUAACCCCGCAGAAUUAUAUGUAGAGGACACAGGAGAAAUUUACAUUGUGGAUGGAGAUGGAGGAUUGAAUAACAGAUUGAUCAAACUUUCCCAAGAUUUCAUGAUCCUUUGGCUGCAUGGAGAAAAUGGUACAGGGCCUACUGAGUUCAACAUACCUCACAGUGUUACAGUUGAUCCAACUGGUCGGGUGUGGGUUGCUGACCGGGGAAAUAAAAGAAUCCAAGUAUUCGAUAAAGACACUGGGGAGUGGUUAGGAGAGUGGACUAGUUGUUUCACAGAAGAGGGACCUUCUUCAGUCAGAUUUACUCCUGAUGGGAAGUACUUGAUUGUAGCCCAGCUGAAUCUUAGCAGGCUCUCUGUUGUGGCAGCACCCCCAGUAGGAGGCAUUGGCGACUGUUCUGUGAUCAGCACAAUCCAACUAGCAGAUCAAGUUUUGCCACAUCUCUUAGAAAUCGAUAGAAAGACUGGAGCAAUCUAUGUAGCAGAAAUUGGAGCAAAACAAGUACAAAAAUAUGUCCCUCUGAAUAACUGUAUUCCUUCAUUUGUUUCAUAAUGUUUCUUUUCCUGGAGAUAUUUCAAGUGGCAGUUCAGAUUCUCAAAUUGAUUGUUAGUGCUUAAAAUGAUGUUCAAUAAUGUCCAAGAUUUGUUUAUUUUUACCUGAUACAGAAUCAGAAAGAUUUG